UUAUCGAUUGGAUUUGAAAGCGGGAGUUUGAAGACCGAUGAACCGCGAUAGGGAUAAGAAAAUUAGAGUAUUUUUAUAAACAAACAUGGCAUCAUCAUCACAGUACGCCGACGCGUAUAAAUUGAAGCCUGACGUAUUGGAUAAAAGGAAGGCGCGUCUUCAAAGAAGAUCAGUUGAAUGGAAAAAUCUCCGCUUCGAAGAAGUUGGCAAACGAAGGAAAAUAGAUCUUGACAAUUUGUCACCGCUGCAAGAACAGGACCAAAACGUCACGAAUCUUUCAAAAUCAUAUGAAAACAAAACUCCGGUCAAGCCUACAAAUGAUAAGAAAAGCAAAGCAGAUUUACUAAAGCAACGUUUAAUUCAGUGGAAAUUGGACAAAGAGCAGAAAAAGAAACAGGAAGCUCAAGAUAAAGCCAAAAAAAACCAAUUCAAGGUCUCUUCGAAUAUAAGGCGCACAGACAGUAAUUUGUUCAGCAAAGAUAAGACGAGUUCCAAGACGACAAGCAUAAAAUCAAAAGACACAUCAACAUCACUAAGGUCGAAGAGCUCAAGCAAUACUAGUUCAAGGACUGAGGCUGCUACUUCUGCCCCACCUGCUAAACAAGCAGCAGCUCCAGUCACUAGACGCAUGACAAGGUCAAACAACGAUGCUACUCAGAAGAAUAAAACUACUUCCAAUAAGCAAACCAAGUCCAAACCAGCUGCACCAGCUCCAGCCCCUCUUGUGCGUACUGCCCGCCAGACAAGAUCGUCGGCCAAACUGAAGGGUUCACCCAAAGCAUCUGUUGUCAAUAGACCAACAUUUGCCAGUAGUCAGAAAAAAGUAACAACAUCAGAUGCUCCCCCGACGCGGACGACUCGCGGCAGGAAGCUGUCUCCCCAGUACAGCAUAGACUUAGCCAAGGUGUCCACGGACCGGGGAGAGUCUUUUGCUCCAACAGACUUUGCUUUUGAGGCCCCAGAGAAUGUGAAAUCUUUCUCCUUCAAACCUCUGAGUCCUGCAAGUGCAAACAGCUUCCUUGAUCCCCGCCGAGACUUGACGUCAACAUCCUUCUUCCUGGAACCACCUUCAGGCAGAUGCUCAACCCCCAAGUCCAGUAAGGAAGAGGAUGCAGCAUGCAACCAAGAUGCUGAUGACGAACAGACACAUCAGAAGACACUGGUGGUGCACUCAGCUUCAUCUGCUAGUGAAUCCGAUGAAGGCAGUACCACUGCAGUGAAGAGGACACCUCGAAGACAGACGAGGAGUCGAUCCUCUCAGAGUUCAAGUACAGACUCGGAUAGUGAUGGAAACCGAGAUGUGACUGCAGUGCAGAUGACUCCCGUAGCAGAGAGCACUCAACAGGAGAAACCAGUCCAGAUGGAGGUGGCUGAGGCAUCAACUACAGCACCACCACCACCACCAACCACACCGCGACGGUCAAGGCGGACGUCAGUCAGGAGUGAUGCCGCUGAUAGCGAUGCUGAGAAGAUGUCUGAUACCAUGGCAGCAGAGGUGGCUUCACCACGCAAGUCUAGACGGUUGUCGGUCCAUACUCAGGACAAGGAUGUGGCUGCAGACACUGACAGCAAGGUGACCAAUGAUGAGAGUCGGACGCCAGUGAAAGCAACUAGGAGAAGGUCUGUGAGGAAUGUGUCUGAUUCUGAUUCUGCUGUGGAGUCUGGUGAUGCUUGUGAGAAGACAGGAACUCCACAAAAGACAAACACUCCAAAAAAGACUCCUACUCCACAAAAGACGAAAACUCCAAGGGGUACAAGGAGAAGCAAGAGAAAUUCAUCGGACUCUUCCCUCUUGGAGAAAAUUCCAGAGCAGGGAUCAUCCAUGGAUGCGAUUGAAGAAGAGAAAGUUACAGACUCAGAUGAUGUUUUCAUUCCAGCCGUAACUGAUGCAAAUAAUUCUGCUCCCCCUGACUCGACAAAUCCUGAGGAAUCGACUCCCUCUGUGAAGUCUGAGUCACAACCAUCCAAAGAAGAGGUCCAGGAAGACUCCGAGACAUCCAAAUCUAGCCCUGUGAGAACGCGGCGGUGUUCCUUCUCGGAUGCGGGAUGUUUUCGUGAGCCAGGGGUGCCCAUAUCUGCCCAAAAGAGUGGGAGGAAGAGGAGGAGGACGGAAGCAUCGGCCACUCCCAGCGAGGCAAAGAGUCCAGAGGAGUGGGUGAAAAUCUUAUCCACAAGUCCAAUGAUAGAGAUGAGACGACGUACCCCAAAGGCACCCAGACUUUCAGAAGACUGUCUGACCCAGCCCCUCAACUUUGACGAUGUCCUGGACGUGCCCCCGAUGGAAGACUGUCCAUCGACCAUUUGUGCUAUGGAGACUGAAGAACCAGCGUCUACAGGCGCCGACUCACAGACUGGCGCCACAAAGGAACCUGAGGCUGUCGCACCUACAUCAGAGAAGACUAGCACCACUGAGGGAACAAAGAGCCCAGCCAAAGCAGCAGUUGUUGCCAACGAGGCAGGCAAGGAUGGAGGAGAGCAUGAUGUUCUCUACUUCCGCAACCUGCUCGUGUCAGAGACUGCCCGGCUCAAUGAGCACAUCAUGCUGUGGAAUAAAACAAAGGAGGAAGAGGCAGCCAACAUUGCUGAAGAUGUUGAGGGUCAGAUCCGGACCACAGUGGGCCAGGCCCAGCUGCUCAUUAACCAGCGCUUCAAGCAGUUCAGGGGCCUCGUGGACAACUGCCAGUUCAAGACCGGGGAGAAGGAGACCACAUGCACCGAUCUGCAGGGCUUCUGGGACAUGAUCUACUUCCAGGUUGAGGAUGUGGAUAAGAAAUUUGUUGACUUGAAAACUCUGCAAGCCAAUAACUGGCAGGAAGUUAAACGUGUGGUGCCGGUGAAGAAGGUUCUCAAGAAAAAGUCGGCUGCUCCGUCCAGACCCAAGGCAGGUGGCCCGUCCAAGUUUGCUGCCUUCCGAGCUCAGAUGAAGAAGCAGAAGGAGGUGGAGGCGACAUCGCCAGCUCAGGCUGCUGCACCGGCAGAAGCUGUGAAGGUGAUUGACUUCGGCUUCUUCACCGUCACAAGUCCAGUCAAAAGCCCAGCCAAACACUGUGAAGCUGGCUCUCCGGCCAAAGAAACGUCUCCAGUGGACUCACUAUCCAAACCGACAAGUAGUGAUGUAGCCUCCAGCCUCAUCACCAAGACUCCGCGGAGGAAGAGCUACGUGCCAGCGGUCCCCAGCCCCCUGCUGUGUGACAUCACCCCGAAACCUAAGCUCAGACGCAGCCUGGCCACCCCGUUAGUGAAGGGAGACCCUGGUGUCCCUCUGUCCCCGACGGGCGUGUUCACCCCACCCCAUGCAGCCUCCCCGGUGCCAGCUGAUACUAAUGUCACACCUAAACGGAGAAGCAUACGACUGAGGAAGUCCCUGUCGCUAACCCCUGUCAGCGACCAACCCACAGGAUCUGCGGAGACCCCUGGCCUUGACCCUCGCUUCCUGCAGCCGUCGGGUGAGAGUGAGGCCAAGGGAGAUGCCCACAACACGUCCGACCUGUCCAUGUUCCUGCAGGAGACCACCACUCAGCAUCACGACACUGACAAUCACGAUUCAUCCUUCUCCAAGUUUUUCCAGCCUUCAGAAGGAUCAACUCAAAGAGAAGGUAAAAGAUCUGUGCUCAAGAAGUUGCCAUCCACUCAGCGGCGACGAUCACGGCGUAGUGUCCAGUUUGCAAAGUCUCCUGGCAGUUCACCGGUCUCACAUGCCAAACUGCCCUCCACCCCAUACAACCGAGAUGCAUUAGUGCCCAAGCCACGUGGGAGCCAUGGUGACUACCUGUUUACACCCCCUAAGGAGGAGACAGAGCCUUCAGUCGACACGACCCCAACACAACGAGGGAGACCGCGGCCGAGUCUCCUUUUCACCCCAGCCUGUCAGGACAGUGUAGCCGUUAGUGGAGAUAACCUGAUGGUGUUCACGCCCUGAAUCUGUUUACCGUUUGUCUACGCAACCACACCUCACUGAUCUGUUCACAGUACAGGAGGAGCCGAUGGUGGCUCGGUCCACUGUGAAGUACAGAGAUUUUAGAAGCCAGUAUUUUAGAUUGUGGAGAGCACUGGGUUUUAGUUGUCAAGAACACUGGAACAUUAUUGGUGAUAUUUUAUACAUAGUCAGGUAGGACGUAGUGUGUGUAUCUCCGAGACAGCAGUUGUGUUUAUAUUUGGUGCCAAAAUGGCUUGGUGAAGUCAUAGCCUUAAUUGGAGUUGGAAGUGCUGAUAGAUUAGGAAUUAUUGAAGAUUAUUAUUAAGUAUAGUUGACUUUCCAUGAACUAAGAACGUUGUAAGAUGUUUUGGAUGUCUGUAACCUCUUUAUCAGAGGUUGGCAAAGAAUGUUUGGAGAUUGUAAUCUGAUCUGGGCCCAGAUCCACAUUGUGAUCUUAGCGCUAAGACAAUCAUAACUGCCACAUGGACAACAGUCGUAGUGCUUAUAUCACUUUGUGGGACAGGACCCUUGGCCUAGUUCACAAAACAAUCUUAGCGCUAAGACAAUCUAUAACACCCACAUGGACAGUCGUAGUGCUAAUGUCACUUUGUGGGAUAGGACUAUGGGCCCAAUUCACAAAACGAUCUUAGCGCUAAGACAGUCUAUAACUCCCACAUGGACGACAGUUGUAGUGCUAACAACGCUUUAUGGGAUAGCACUAUGGGCCCAAUUCACAAAACGAUCUUAAAAGCUUCAACUGUUCUGGUCUGUGAAAGUAUCCGAGUAAAGAAUGUCAUAGCGCUAAGAUCUCUUUGUGCAUAGGAACCCUUGCCACUGUAAGUAUUAGUCUGUAUAUAUAAAGUAAUUGACCACUUGUGUAUAGAACACUCACAGCUCGCUACUGGUAGAACAAAUGAAAACAAUGAAAUGCGUACAUGUAUACGAAUAUGAUAUGUUGAAUAACCACCAAUCAGAGCGCAGGAGCGUUUUAUAACUGGGCCUGUGUCAAGAGUUAAACUUCAGUAUUGGACAGAUGCAAUCAGCUUGUAUCCAAGGAAUUAAUAUACUUAGUGACUUGGAUUAAUAUUGGGCACUUUUGGUGUGGCUCAGAACGAAGUAAGAGGUUUACUGCAGCAGAAAGAUGAUUUUGACGUGGACGAAUGCCUUAAUUUCAUACUUUGUAAUGGAUGGGAUCGUCAUGGUAAUUUGUCAUGUCAUUUGUGUUUAGAUUGUGUUAAUAUACACACUGUAUUGAUCUAUCAACUUUUCCAUUGUCAAUGUUAGUUAGCCCAAUGUAACAAUACUAACAUGCAUAUCAUUCACUAUUAUUUCUGUUUCUCCUUUGUUUCUCUGACUGUCCUAUCUUCUUUUCAAAUCUCCUCACAUACAGCUGUAAAAAGGCUUUCAAAUGAACCUUAGAGAAAACAACAUGCACUGUCAAGCCUGGAUGAGUGUCAGAGUGUUAUGAUAGAACAAUAUUCCAGCCAUAUCGUGACAGGGGUCACCAGACUUGAGUUUUGAUGACCGUGAUACUAAAGGUCAGCACAUAAUGGUAGUCUGCUUGUCUGUGGGCUGGUGGCGUGUAGAAGAACGAAUAUCAAAGACGCCCAGAUUUUACCUCCUGAAUGACAUUCCACUGAACCAAUAAUAUAACAUAAGGGUUAGUGCAUGUCUAAUGUUCACCAAGGCUUGUUAAUGAUUCUCACAACUUCCUUUGUUGAUAGUAAAGGUUUUUGUGUUACUUUCUGAGGCUGCAAGACAUUGUGGCCUUGUGUUGAUUUUUAAGCCCGUCAGUCUCUUUUCUGCCUACUGCCUCUGAAGGGUGUAAUAUUGAGGAAAACAGUGGAUUCAAGGGCUACAAUAAGUCAUCAUCAUCAUCAUCAUCAUCAUCCACAAUCCUCCAGUUAACCAGUUGUGUUAUCCGAACUUAUUUCUUUAAUUCUGUGUAUUUAUUUGAUAGCUACUGGUACUUGUUACUCAUAAGAUUCAGACCUAACAUUAAAUCCAUUUGUUUUUUUAUACGUACAGGACAGGUUGAAUAUUUAAUGUGUACAGAGAAUAUCAAAUAAAUAUGCUAAGUCUUG